ACAACCCUUUCGAUACAACCCCGCCGCAUUUAGACUUUCUGCAACGACAGCAAUGCCUAAAAUUCGUUGUGCUUACAAAUCUCCCUGCGACUCCGACGACGACUCCGACUUCCCUUUCGGCGACGAAUGGGACGACAUAUGGGGCGACGAUGACGAUCCCAGGGAUAUGGAGGCCUUCUACAAGAUCGUUGAGGAUAUAAACCACCAGGAGAAGAUCCUUGCGUACCUGGACGAGGAAUGCUGGAAUGUGAAGAGCGAUGGCAAGAUUCAGGGCUGGGGCAAGACUGAGGCGAGCCAGGAAGAUUGUCAUCUUCAAGGCGAUUACGAAAAUUAUGAUGGCGAUGACUGGCAAAGCUACAUCUGGGAUCUUGAGCGUGAAGUCAGGGAAUUGAAAAUGCAAGUUAAGGUGAAGGAGCGAGUGCUGGCUAAGCUGGUAGCGAAGAAGAAGGGGGAAAAGGAGCCAGUGAAAUCGGGUGAUAAGCAUGUGGCAGAUGGCGAGAAGAAGGAGGGGGAAAAGGAGCCAGUGAAAGCGGGUGAUAAGCAUGUGACAGAUGGUGAGAAGAAGAACGGCAAGGAUGGCGGCAAGGCAGUGGGCGAGGGUAUCAGGGAAGGAGCGCCUAAGCGCACCAUGGCUUCUCGACAAGCGGAUAUGAACAGGGCUUCUCAAGUAGAGGCUACCAACAGGAAAAAAAGAAGAGUAGAUUGAAUUGUGUAGCUCGUUAGAUACUAAUAGCUAGAUAGGUUCCAAUUGCGCUUCGAUCCAUGUGCUUGCUUGUUGGGUGAAGACCCCAAACACCCCGAAUGCAAUUGUUUGCAGGA